AUGGGGGAGGAUGACUCUUCUAAUCCUCAUGGCGGUAGCACCACUGCUUCCUCCUCUCCUUCUCAACCAACCAUAGCCGAGUUGAGUGCCCAGGUGGCUCAACUAAUGCAGAUGCAGACUCAGACCUCAAAAUUGAUCCUAAAUCAGGAUCCUACCAAGACGACCCUGACCUCGACUCAGACGAAGACCCCGACCUCGAAUCAGACGACGACCUUGAACCCGAAUCAGACAACGAUUCCGACGACAAUUACCUAUGAAGCUUCCGCUGCACAGGUUGGCAUAAAGUUGGAUGGCACCGACUAUGACCUAUGGUCCCAAGUUAUAGAGUUGUAUAUCUCCGGCAAAGACAAAUUGGGAUAUAUUAAUGGCGAUCUUCCACAACCUCCUUCGACCGCUCCAACAUUUCCUCGCUGGCACAUCGAGAACUCUAUUGUGAAGGGAUGGCUCAUCAAUUCUCUGGAGCAGAGCUUGAUUGGCAAUUUCAUUCGUUUUUCGACGGCAAAAGCCGUGUGGGAUGCAAUUGCCACAACUUACUAUGAUGGCACUGACACCUCUCAGGUUUAUGAUUUGAAACGACGAGUCUCUCGUAUGCGACAAGCUAGUGGCUCCAUUGAAACCUAUUACAAUACUCUCCAAAGCUUAUGGAGAGAAACUGAUUUUCGUCGUCCAAAUAUGAUGGAGUAUGAAAGUGAUAUCAAGCGCUAUAAUGAUAUUCUGCAGGAAGAUCGAGUUUACAUAUUUUUGGAUGACCUUGAUGAUCGUCUUGAUAAGGCCCGAAGUGAUGUUCUUCACAUGACUCUAUUCCCUACUGUUGACCAAGCUUAUGCCUAUGUUCGCCGUGAAGAUGUUCGACAAGCAGUGAUGAUGGGUUCAUCCGAUCGAGCCACUGGUGCUGGCUUAGCGGCCAAGAGUGCGCCUCGAUCAGGUCCCCCUACUCGUGCCGGACAUCCCCAUAAUUCCUCUACUGCGGCCCACCUUCAGAUCCAGUCAUAUGCUACUGUUGCUGGUGCGCCACUUCCUAAAACCAUCCCACCUUCCCGUCCCAAGGCUCCAACUGAUGGAAGUGGUUGCACGCACUGUGGCAACCUCAAACAUACCCGUGACACCUGUUUUAAGCUAAAUUGUUAUCCUGAUUGGUGGGAGGAUCUCCGCGCUCGCAAGCUUAGAGAAACUGCUAGUAAUUCCGGCCGUGCUGCUCUUGUCUCUACCGAUCCCCCAUUAGUCUUGUUCCCGCAGGUAGAUCCUACUGAUAGUCCCGCGCUUCCGGAUGUCUCAGGUAACUGUGGUUAUGCAUUUCAUACUUCUGAUCUACGAGAUACUACUGGUUGGAUAAUUGAUUCUGGCGCCACUAAUCAUAUGACCUUUGAUCCGAAUGAUUUUUUGUACACUACUACACCUCGCCGCACAAGUAUUGCCAAUGCAAAUGGAGUUACCUAUCCUGUGACAGGGGCCGGCACUGUUGCCCUUUCACCUUCUCUGUCCCUUUCUAAUACUCUACUCGUUCCAUCUUUGUCCAAUAAAUUAAUGUUUGUGAGUCAGGAUAUUCUCACCAAGGAGAUCAUUGGGCGUGGUACUAAAAGAGGGGGGCUGUACUAUGUGGAUGACUUCAGUAUGGGACGUGCAAAUAGUGUGAAGCAUCCGUCUGAUGACAAGCACCGAAAAAUUUGGCUCUGGCACCGACGUUUGGGGCAUCCAUCUUUUGGUUAUAUGAGACACUUAUUGCUCGAGUUGUUUUAUAUGGAAACACAGUUCAAUGCUCGAAUACAGAUUCUUCGCUCUGACAACGGUGGAGAAUUUGUUAAUCAUGAUUUUCAGACUUACUUCCAGACACAUGGCAUUAUUCAUGAGACAACUUGCCCCCAGACACCACAACAAAAUGGUGUUGCCGAACGGAAGAAUCGUCAUCUCCUUGAAACAGCCCGUGCUCUUCUCAUUGGUGGCCAUGUUCCUCGUCAUCACUGGGAUGACGCUGUCAUCACUGCUGUCCACCUUAUCAACCGCAUGCCAUCUGGGGUCUUGAACUUCAAAACUCCAUUACAAGGGGAGAUACCGAGUGAAGAGCUCAAUUGGAGCAGCUUGGAAAAUGAGGAUAUUCAUCUAUGCACGAAGUUUCUCUCGGCCAAGAAACAAUAA